AUGUUUAAAAAUACAUUCCAAAGCGGUUUUCUGUCGGUUUUAUACAGCAUCGGCAGUAAACCAUUACAAAUCUGGGAUAAAAAAGUAAGAAACGGACAUAUAAAAAGAAUUACCGAUAAUGAUAUACAAAGUUUAGUUUUGGAAGUUGUUGGGACGAAUGUUAGUACGACAUAUAUAACAUGUCCUGCUGAUCCUAAAAAAACCUUAGGUAUUAAAUUACCUUUUUUGGUAAUGAUAAUAAAAAAUUUGAAAAAAUAUUUUACAUUCGAAGUACAAGUUUUAGAUGAUAAAAAUGUAAGAAGAAGAUUUAGAGCAUCAAAUUAUCAAUCGACUACAAGAGUUAAACCGUUUAUAUGCACCAUGCCGAUGAGAUUGGAUGAUGGUUGGAAUCAAAUACAAUUUAAUUUAGCCGAUUUCACAAGGCGUGCAUACGGUACAAAUUACACUGAAACGUUAAGAGUUCAAAUUCAUGCUAAUUGUAGAAUUAGAAGAGUGUAUUUUUCAGAUAGACUUUAUUCUGAAGAUGAAUUACCCGCAGAAUUUAAAUUAUUUUUACCUAUACAAAAUAAAGCUAAACAAUAA